AGCUGAUUUCAUUUCGAGUGUAAGGAGGGCGUUCAAGGUCAAGUGAUGAUUGAAUUCAAGCUAAACGACAACUAUUCGUGUUGUUAUGAAGCUGUUCCUUUGUCUGUGCCAGAGACAGUUCCCAUUCUGGUCUUACCGAAGUACCUGGCAGUCUAUCAUGUCCGUCAAGCCGUUAAUUCCCUUAUGUGGUCACAGCAGCUUCAACCGGCUUCGGAAGCGUUAACCCCUAAACUGUCGAGUCAGCUUCAUCUUCAAUGCGAAGCUGGGCUGUCUCUAGGUGCUGCUUACCUUGAAGCUAAGCAGCAGUUGCAGGGAGCUUUCAACAUUAUAAACCAAGCUUGCCGUUCUCAUAUUUCAUUGCCAGAAAAGCCCCACGGUACUGUGUUCAUUUCUUCCAUGGAACUACCCUUCUUGGCGGAAUCGUGGUUUGUUGUGGGCGAUCUGUUUGCCCUUUGUUACGGAGAACCAGUAGGCGAGUUCAAAUUGACCCCGUCAGAUUUGGGAAACGUGCUAGAAGAGACAACAACAGAGGACAGAAUACUCAAGUUUCUCAAAUCUCCUCUAUCCGUUGGUGUGGUGGAGAACCUGGUGGAUGCUGGUAAAUGCUAUAAAGAAUGUCUAACUGCAAUUCGGAAGCUUCCAGAUGGCAAGUUUGUUCAGACUCUUACUGAACACUUGGGGAGCCUACAUAUAAAACUUGGUGACUUGCUUUCCCGGGUCGGAAACUUCGUGACUGCUAAAGACGCGUAUGAUGCUGCGAUUUACGCUUUCAAAGAAGCAAAGGCACAUGUUGGUCCUGCUCAAGAGGAGAAGGUUAGGGUCUACAAGUACCUGGCGGAUGCAUAUUUCAGCUUAGGAUGGUGUUUAGCAAAGGGAAUGAUGGAUGAUGGUUGUGCCAGGCAGAAUAUAAGAGAGGCUUUGAACUUAUAUGAAGGGGAUGUUUUGUGUAAUACAUGCGCAGAGGAAACUGCUAAUGCUUUCUUGGAGCUAGCGCAAUGUUUUCAAACAUCCUGCAUGAGGCUUUAUAAAAGCAACCAGUGGAAAACAGCCUCGUCUUUCGCUUCGUUAGCUCUUGGUAAUUGGCAAAAGUCAUCGUUAUAUUAUAACGCCGAGAAUUUUCCCGAGAAGUUCUUGGCCACGCUUACAGAUAUGGCCACUUUCUCCUUGAAACUUCCUAACUCGCACCCGAAAGCAGCUUUGGAUAUUCUUCUCGAUGGCCGUCACGUUUCCGAAACAACAGCAAAAGGUUCGGAAUCCUGGAACCUAUUCUGGAAUAAAUUGAGGGAGGUUCUACUGUCAAUGUUGCACCAAGCAAAAAAGGCGGAGGACAAAAACAUUGAGAAACUGAGUGAAAUAUAUCUAAGGUCGCUUCGCAGUAAUGAUCGGACAUUCUUGACAGAAACCCGCGGAGAUCUCGGUGUUACAGAAAAGAGUUUGACACAAUACAUUGUAGUGGGUGCUUUUAUCUUUGUAGUGGUGCUUUUAUCUUGAUGUUUGACACAAUACAUUGUUUUCUCUUUUCCAUUUGUUCAAUCUUAGAGAGUGUUUGACAGGGUU